CUCCAUUUCCCAGCAGCCACCGCGGCCUCCGCACACCGGAAGCUGAGCGGCUGUCUUGCUUGGGCACUUUCGGAGAUCCCGAAACGCAAAUUGGCAAACGCGAGCGAACUUGCUCAUCGGUUGGCUUGUCGAGUUCCCAUUUUCCCAUUUUCCCAUUUUCCCAUUUUCCCAUUUUCGGAAAUGAUGAAGAGUCGAUCAGAUGAGGAAGAAUACUGGAACGCUUCCAAGUUUAAAGCGUUCACCUUCGACGAUGAAGACGACGAGCUGAGAGAAUCGAAAUCGGCGUUCGAGAGCCUCGCGCAACUGCCGGACGAGGGCGAGCGAGAUCACGUGGAGGAGGUCAGCUGGAGCGGCGAGCCCGUCGGAAGCAUCUCGCGGUCCGUCCGAGAGACGGCGGCGUCCGGUCCCAGGACGGAGGGAGAGGCCGCUUUCCCCGCCCGCUUCGACGCCGACCUCGCCAAGGUCAACUCGGGAUACUCCCUCAGCUCGCUCUUCAAAGGAAGGAGAGGCGCAAGUGUCGCGACGCUCGCUGACGUGUCGGGCGACCGGUCCGGCAGAACGGUCGCUCCGGAAAUCCGAAGACCCAAAAGUGAAAAAGAGGAUCUCGUUGGCGAUUGGUCGCCCCAAGAUGCCGUCAACAGGAUGCGGCAAGGGAAGCCGGUCCCUCUGGAGCGUUUCCGCCGCUUGCAGGACAAACUUCGCCUUCUGGAUCGUUCCGUGGACGCUCAGGACGGAAACGUCAUCACGGCCGUUUUAAUUUUCCUGAAGAAAAGUUUGAGCAAAGAGGUUCUGUUCGGCGAGCUGGCGUCGAGGCCGACGGCGCUGCGACAUCUUUUCGCCUACUUGAGCGAAAGCGGAGACGACGCGCUGCUGGCGGACCUCUACAGAGCUCUCGGACGCGUCGAGGAUGCGGCGCUGCUUCACUACAAAGAGCACCUGAGCAUCACGGAUGAAAAGAAGAAGCGGGACUUCCUCAAGAGCUGCCUCAGUCUGCAGUUUUCGCCUGAAGACCAGGUCCAGCUCCGAGACCAGGUCUCUCUGCUGGAGAGGCAGAUGCUCAUCGAGGCGACGGACCGACAGGCCGAACUCGGCGGGAAGGCGGAGAUCUUCCAGAAGUUUCCCCGAAGAGCUUCCAUCCUCCACAUGCCGCUCGUCACCACCUUGUACUACUGCUGCUUCUACCACUACGGCCAGCCCGAGGUCAGGUCAGCCCGUCCGCGCUCGAGUCGCGUCCGCAGGAAAGUGCCGACGUGUCGUUCUCGCGCCGGUCCGUCCGCAGGGGAGCUUCAGCAGCCCGCAGAACCUCCGGAACGGUUUCAAGAUCUCGGAGAAGCAGUUCUUCGUGACGGCGCUGAGCGCUCGGGCCAAGCAGAAGUCGUGGCGCGACGUGGACGCGCUGUUCGCCAGCCGCAGUUGGCUCGGCUUCACCAGGAAGAAAUCGCCGCUCGCCUUCCGAGUCGUCGUCGACAUCCUGCACAGAAACUCCGCCCCCGUGCACGUGCUGCAGGAGUACGUGGGCCUGGUGGACGACGCCGACGCCAGGAUGGCGCUGGCCCACAAGCACAAAUGUCACGACCUCGUCAUCGACACGUAUCGCGACUUCAAAGACCGACGGCUGUUGCUAGGAUACCGAGGGAAGGUGGAGGCGGGGUCGGCGGCCGAGAGGAAGAUCGACGACCUGCUCGACAGCUCGGUGAGGAAGACGAGGAGGAGUUGAGUGUGUCGGUCUUUGUUCAAAUGUUUUCUUCUUUCAGCAAAUCCGCUGGAAGAAUUGAUUGGCAACUCGUACUCCCGAGAGUCAACGGAGGUCCUCGGCCCGCGACCGAGCUUUCUGCACAUUCCGUGGACUUGGUUGCAAUAAAAAGGACUUGACACAAAAACCAUGUGAAUUUGUACAAAUCGAGCUGCCCAAGUCAGGAAGUUUGAGCCUGCGAAGAGCGACUCAUUCGUUUGGACAUGAAGAAUCCUGGAAUAUUUGAAUUCAUUUCCACCUUUUCCUUAACCUCUAUUUUAAAAAUGUAUUCGAGAAUAUGUAUCUCUAAUAGUUUGAUUCAUUGCCCCUCCUUCCAUUUGCUUCUGCUUAUCCGGGGGUCAGGUAAGCCCAGACUUCCCGCUCCCCAGCCACUUCCGGGGGGAAUCCCGAGGCGUUCCCGUGUCAUCCCCGGGGGCGGGGGUCUCCUCCCGGUGGGACGUGCCCGGAACACCUCACCGGCGAGGUGUCCGGGAGGCAUCCGAAUCGAAUGCCCGAGCCACCUCAUCCGACUCUGAGAUCCUCCCAGAUGACUGAGCCUCUCGCCCGUUCUGCCGCGGAGAAAACUCAUUUGGGCCACUUGUUCUUUCGGUCACGACCCGCAGCUCGAGACCGUAGGUGAGGGUAGGAACGGAGACGGACCGGUAAAUCGAGAAUCCUUCUUAACGCACGACAGACCGAUAAAUUCAGCAUCGCUUCAGAUGCCGCACCCAUCCGCCUGCUGAACUUCUCUCCUCACCCGCGAGAUACUUGAACUCCUCCACUCGGGGCAGGAUCUCCUCGACCCGGAGAGGGCACUCCAUCCUUUUCUGACCGAAGACCACGGUCUCGGAUUCGGAGGUGCUGAUUUUCACCUCAGCCGCCUCACACUCGGCUGCGACCCGCUCCAGUGAGAGUCGAAGACCACGGCUUGAUGAAGCCAACAGAACCACAUCGUCUGCAAAAAAAACAGACGUAAUGCUGAGGUCACCACGAAAGGUGACUCCUAGCAAUUGUCCAUAAAGGUAAUGAACAGAAUCGGUGACAGGGGCAGCCUUGGCGGAGUCCGACCCUCACCGGAAAUGAAUCAGACUCCCUGCCGGCAAUGCGUACCAAACUCUUGACACCGGUCGUAUGGGGACCAAACAGCCCGUAUUAGGGGGCCCUGUGCCUCGUACUCUCAGAGCACCGCCAACAAUCCGAGUCCACAAAGCACACGUAGACUGGUUGGGCAAACGCCGGUCCGCUGUUCCUGAAACUGAGAUUCGACGUCCCGACGAACCCUUCUCUCUAGAAGCCCUGAAUAGACUUUGCCAAGGAGGCUGAGGAGAGUGAUCCCUCUGUCGUGGGAACAGACCCUCCGGUUGGCCACCCCCAUCUACCAAUCCAGAGGCGCUGUCCCCGACAUCCACUGCCACCGAAAAGCUUUUCGGCAACCUCAACCCCAGAGAUAGGAAAACCCGCCCGCCUUUGAGUCCUCCGACUCUGCUUCCUCAUAGUUGAUGGCGUAUCCGUGGAAUCGUGGAUAUUCUCUCCACCGAUUCACAACAUCCCGAGUGGAGGUCAUCAGCGCCCCCAACCCCACUGAUGGUGCACUGCUCCCCCCCCCCCCGAGAGUUUUUGCCUCGGCGACCGCCGAAGCCGCCUGCCGGUCGGUACCCGUCGGGUCGGUUCAUUGUACUUUAAUUAUAGGGUGGCACGAGUGGUUAGCGCAUCCGCCUCGCAGGCUCGGAGGUCGGGGGUCGGGGGUUUGAAUCCGGGCUGCGGCCUCGCUGUGUGCAACUCCCAAAACUUGCCAGUUAGUUUCAUUGAAGAGUCCCAAAUUUGUCGAUGUUCACGCGAACGCCUGUCGAGAUCGGUUGGGAAUCAGUCCAGCGUGUGCCUCGCCUCUCGCCCAAAGUCAGCUGGCAUAGGACCAGUGACCCGAAUGAUUGGCACAAGAGAAAAUGGACGGAUGGAGCGUUAAUUCGAAUACAUUUAUUCGAAACGAAACCUGACUUGACGACAAAGUAUGCCCACCGUCAGGCCAUUGGGGGCCGGACGCCUACUCCGAUUGGCUCUGCUGUCUCCAGGCAGAACAAACGCUAGUUUCCAAUAGAAACCCGGCAGACGAAAAAGCGAGGGGUAACGAUCACUAUAAGCCGUCUCAUUGGUCGAUUGACCCGUCAAUCAAACAGCUCAGAGAGUCAGUAGAUUCUUUUAUUGUUUGUCAUCAUUACAAAAUUGUUUUUUUCUGAUGAUUCUGGGAAGAAAAUAAUUAAAACAGUAGUGUUUACCUGACCUGGGAGGGGCAAAGGUUAAGGGGCGGCACCCGGUGCAAGAGGGAGGAUAAACGACAACAAUGUGCAACUUCGAUACAGUGUUUGUUUCUUUCGUUCUUUGCGUACGCAAAAGUCGAACGGGAAAUGAUUUCAUGAGUACAAAUUAGUGAUCGACGCCCUCGUUUCUCGGGUCAAA